AUGAGCGAAGGACUAUCACCACCACGAAAACGUGCACGUCUUCGUGCUGACGAAGAGACUGCGACGACACCAAUUGUUGUCAUGCCGGACGAGCCUGAUCAUCGUGGUCGACUUGAUAUGUCGUCUUUUCUACAAUUAGCACGUGGAAGACUUGACGCUCAAGAAGUGAUUGAUUCAACCUCUGUCGAGGCACUUUCAGCUGCUGUUGGUGCGUUAGAGGCACUUAGUAGCGUCGUAUCUGUGGAAGAGCCAAUGCCAAUGGCUGUAGCUGUAGCUGCUGAAGAGUCGACUACUGAUGACGAAGAAUUACAACAACUUUCUAUGACUAAAAUUGACACAAUCGUGGGCACUAAUGACAGUUCUCUUGCUCUCGAGCUUGUUUACGACGAUGUCGUCACAUUUUUGUUUAAUAUGGCAAGAGAACAGAAGACACAACAACUUCGCAAGGGUAUGCGUACUGUUCGAAAAGCUCGAAAUGCUGACGAGUUACUUCCAAGAUUAUUAACAGCAGAAGAUGAAACGGGCUUAACAUUGCUUAUGAUUGGAGUGCGAGGUAAUGAUUGCGUCUUUUGCAAUAUGCUACUUGAUGCUGGUGCUGACGUCAAUUUUAAGACCGAAAAACGAACCUAUGCCUUGUUACUUGCGGCUCAAAAAGGAUGGGAAGACAUGACAAAGUUCUUGUUGGCACACGGUGCAAACGAAGAGUCAAAGAAUAUGGCACUUAUUCCUGCCGCUCAUUUUGGUCAUUUGCCUGUUGUGAUUGUACUUCUCGAGACAGGAGCAAACCAAAAUUAUGCUAAUAAAAAAGGUACGACCCCACUUAUGCGUGCAGCACAGGAAGGACGCGAUGCUGUUGUCAAGUUUUUAAUUCAAAAGGGGGCUGAUACGUGUGCAGCGAAUAAUGAAGGGAUGACGGCACUUAUGCUUGCAGCACAGCGUGGUCAUGCAAGUAUCGCUACAUUACUGAUCAAAUCAGGUUCAAAUGUAAAUAAACAGACACGACAAGGCAGUACAGCGUUAUUGCUAGCUGCAAAACGUGGUCAUACGGCAGCAGUCGAAGCAUUGAUGACUGCUGGUGCCGAUAUCUUUCUCAAGGACGAUCGUGAUAAGACUGCGGCUGAAACAGCUCAGCGACGUGGUCAUGUGGAUCUGUUUUUGAAAAUAUCGGUGCAAAAUCAACUUCGACUUAUGCGCGAAGAUCUUCGACGGCAAAGAUGCUACAUGUUGAUGCGAUUAUCGACGCUAUAUAUGUCAAUGCGUGCCCGAUUGACACCUGCGGUACAGAACAAGAAACGGUUUCAAUAUAAUUGUCUGAUGGAUAGGACAUUGCGAUUGCCCAAGCCUUUAUUGCAGAAUGUUGCAUUGUUCUUGCCAUUAUCUCGCAUGUGGGACCAUCAGCUGCGAUAUUUAAUUUAUAAAGCGGCACCACAACCAAAUCGUGUUGUUCAACAAGGUAUUAGAAUCAUUGACGAGAUUUUACUAAGCGUUUGUCUCGAACAACGCCCGAGUUUACACACUAUCAAGCUUAAAUGUGGUGGACCAUUGCAUGUCAUUGGCCAACUUGGUCUUCUACGUGACAGUUGUGAAUAUCGCAGUUUACUCACAACGGAAUGUCGGACUCCCAUGUCUCCACGUAUGUUGUAUCAAUUACGACGAAUGGCUGAUAUUCAAGGUGCUUUAUCAACUUAUGCAGCUGGUUCUGCAAUUCAAUUUGGUGUCGAAGUUGCACAGGACGUUGUUGCUCGACUGACGGAUCUUUUAAGCUGGGAUGCAGUUCGAAGACAAGCUGAUUUAGUCGAAUGA